AUGCGUGUCGCCGGCGGCAUUGCUGUCGCCCUCAGCUUGGUAGGUGCAGCCUCCGCAGCCCUCCACCCUCGCUCCCAAGAAUCUCGCGACUACUUCGCCCUUCACCUCGACGAUUCGACUCCUCCGGCCGACGUUGCACGAACGCUAGGUGCCCGACAUGAAGGUCAGAUCGGAGAGCUCGCAGGCCAUCACACCUUUUCGCUGCCCCGAGACCAGAGCUCAGAUUUCAAUGCUGUGUUGGAUACCUUGAAAUCGAAGCGAAAGCUCCGUCGCCGGUCGGGCGAGGGCGUCGCAUCUCGGAGUGGAGAUCCGCUGGAGGGAAUUCUUUGGUCACAGAAGCUGGAGCCACCUAGGCAAAGGUUGCAGAAGCGGGCGCCCCCCGUUUCUUCAAAGCAUUUGACUGAGAGGUUUCACCCGAAGACGGAUCGAAGGGCGCAGGAGGAACAGAGCCAGCUGAUGUCAACUUUGGGAAUCACCGAUCCGAUCUUCAAAGACCAAUGGCAUCUAUAUAACGCCUUGCAGCCGGGUCACGAUCUCAAUGUGACCGGUGUCUGGCUGGAGGGAAUCACUGGUCAUGGCGUGGCGACGGCUGUGGUUGACGAUGGAUUGGAUAUGUACAGCAACGACUUGAAACCGAAUUACUUCGCCGCGGGCUCUUGGGAUUUCAACGAACAUGGACCCGAGCCUCGACCUCUCUUGUACGAUGAUAAGCACGGUACUCGGUGCUCGGGCGAAAUUGCAGCGGCCAAGAAUGAUGUGUGUGGUGUGGGUGUUGCUUAUGACAGCAAGGUGUCAGGUAUUCGAAUUCUGUCCAAGGCGAUUGACGACGUCGACGAAGCAGCUGCGAUCAACUUUGCGUUCCAAGACAAUGAUAUCUACUCCUGCUCGUGGGGUCCUCCUGAUGAUGGUGCGACCAUGGAUGCACCGGGCUUGUUGAUCAAGCGGGCGAUGGUCAACGGUGUGCAGCAGGGACGAGGUGGAAAGGGCUCGAUCUUCGUGUUUGCCGCAGGCAACGGCGCUCUAUUUGGAGACAACUGCAACUUUGACGGGUAUACCAACAGUAUUUACAGUGUCACCGUCGGGGCUAUUGACCGACAGGGAAACCACCCGACUUACUCAGAGUCCUGCUCCGCACAGUUGGUUGUCGCAUACAGCAGUGGUUCUGGGGAUGCAAUCCACACGACUGACGUGGGCACGAACAACUGCUAUACCCAGCACGGUGGCACCUCGGCGGCCGGUCCGCUCGCCGCCGGUUCGAUUGCUCUUGCGCUUAGCACUCGGCCCGAACUCACCUGGCGCGACAUUCAAUAUUUGAUGAUUGAAACGGCGGUGCCGGUCAAUGAGAACGAUGGGAGCUGGAUGGAUCUUCCCUCUGGCAAGAAGUUCAGCCACGACUGGGGUUACGGCAAGGUAGAUACGUAUGCGUUGGUUCACAAGGCUCAGAGUUGGGAUCUGGUGAAGCCUCAGGCCUGGUUCCAUUCACCCUGGUUGCGAGUGCACAACAACAUUCCCCAGGGCGCUCAGGGUCUUUUGAGCCGGUAUGUGGUGAAGGAUGACCAGAUGCAGGGUGCCAAUUUCGCCAAGCUAGAGCAUGUUACGGUCACGAUGAAUAUCAACCACACCCGCCGUGGCGAUCUCAGUGUGGAGUUGCGUAGUCCGAAGGGCAUUGUCAGCCAUUUGAGUGUUGCUCGCGAGAGCGACGACGAAAAAGCUGGCUAUGUUGAUUGGACUUUUAUGUCCGUCGCUCACUGGGGCGAAUCUCCCGUUGGAGAGUGGACUGUGAUUGUCAAGGACACUGAGGUGAACGAAUUCACCGGCGAGUUCAUUGACUGGAGACUUAACCUCUGGGGUGAAUCAAUUGAUGGAACCAAGCAACCCCUCCACCCACUUCCCGAGGAGAACGAUGAUGAUCACCCCUAUGAGGAAGCGCAUGUAGCCACAACCACCGUUGAGGCUGUGCCGACAAAGACCGCCACCCCUACCAACCCUGACGACCACCACGACCGACCAGUUAACCAGAAGCCCGGUGACUCGUCCGCCACCGGAUUGCCCACUGAAGAAUUGGAAUCCACUGUCACCAGUGCUCCCUCCAGCGCCGCUUCUCCUUCGUCCACCUCCGCUUCGGACCACCUGUCCAGCUACCUCCCCUCAUUCGGGGCUUCGAAACGCACUCAAGUCUGGAUCUAUGCCUCUUUGGCGAUGAUCAUCGUCUUCUUCAUCGGUCUGGGUGUCUACUUCCAGCUCCAGCGACUGAAGCGCCGCCGCACCAACCCCAAUGACGAUUAUGAGUUCGAGAUGAUCGAGGAUGAAGAUGAGAUGCACCCCAUGACUGGUGCAACUGGUCGAACUCAGCGUCGUGGCGGCGAAUUGUACAAUGCAUUUGCUGGGGAAAGUGACGAGGAGAUCUUCAGUGACGAUGAAGGGCCGUAUCGGGAUCGCCUGGGCAACAUUCCUGAGAAGGAUGGUGAGGCUGACUCCCCGAAUGAUCGCCUUUUGUCUGAAAAGAGGUGA